CAGCACGAUGCAGCAGGCCGUAGAACGAGCUCUGGACCGUGCGGACUAUGUCAUCGCGAGUGCCCAGCAGAGGCCUCCUAAAAGGAAAUGCUCGUCGAGUGGGGCAGCCUCUCUGUUUGAAAAGCUCUAUGACAUCUACGUGGAAGAGUGUGGGAAAGAGCCCGAGGCUACGGAGGAACUGAGAAGCAACGCGAACUUGUUAGAGAAGCUGGUUAGGAGAGAGUCGUUGGCGUGUUUAGUGGUCAACCUACACCCAGGAGGGGAGGGAUAUUCGCUGAUGCUGGAGGGGAAGCAGGGCUCCUGCUCGGAGACCAUUCGGCUGCCUUACGAGGAAGGCGAGCUGCUCGAAUACCUGGAUGCUGAAGAGUUGCCUCCUGCCCUGGUGGAUCUCCUGGAACAAUCUCAGGUUAACAUUUUCCACUGUGGGUGUGUCAUAGCACAGGUACGGGACUACAGGCAGUGCAGCCACGGGGAGCCUGCCGGCUACCAGACCAGGCACGUUCUCCUGCGCCCCACGAUGCAGACCUUAGCCUGCGACAUGCAGUCCAUAACCAGCGACGGCCAGCAGUGGACCGAGGAAGAGAAACUGUUGCUUGAGAGCCAGCUGAUCUUGGCCACCGCCGAACCCCUGUGUCUUGACCCUUCUCUGUCAGUAGCCUGCGCUGCAAACAGGCUGCUCUAUAACAAGCAGAAGAUGAACACUCGCCCGAUGAAAAGGAGCUUCAGGAGGUAUUCCGCACCCUCUCUGACUCGCCAGCAGGAGCUGUCUCAAUACCUACCUCCUCCUGAGCUGAGAGUAUUGACUUCUUUCAAAAAAAGCAAAGAAAGUAAAACAAGUGAGAAUUCUGACUUCAUAAUUUCUAAAGCAGAUUAUUCUGUAGAUACGUGGAAACAGAGACCCUGUGACUUGGCCAUCCCUUCUGAAGUGGAUGUGCAGAAAUAUGUCAAAUGGGAGAAGUUUGUUAAAUAUGAUAACUCAAAAUCAACAGUCUUGCCAGCCCAUGAGGUAAAAGAUGAUUCUGUAUUUGGAUAUGAAGGUGGUGAUGAGUCUCAGACAACAAAGGCAACCUUCAUGAAGUCGCUAAAUGAUCCACUUAUCUCUGGAAAAAGAAAGCGACGUAAAAAAGUCAGAAAUGAGAGACCGAUGUCUCCUCCACACCCUUCCACAGAUGACCAUUCAAAUAAUGUGCUUCCUGGGUCCAAGAGUGAUACUGAGGUUGUAAUCAUUCAGUCAGAGGUCUUGGUCCAUCAGAAGGCCCAGUGUCCGGUCACCACGUCAUCAUACAGCUCCAGUGGAUCAGCCAGCCCCAGCAGACUUCCUCCAGAGAAAGAAACAGAACAGCCUAAGAUCUUGUCCUUUCAGUCUUCAGUCCUGGGGAAGGGAGUCAGACAUCCAUCUACAACCAUCAAACUUCCCUCGAGCUCAGGAAAGAAUUUGUCAGGUGACAGUUUUACUCCAUUGCAAGGAAGCAGCUUUCUUAAAUCUCCAUCUCCUGUUCUUGCUUCUAAGCUACCAGGUCUUUCCCAGAAAUCAUCUACGGAUGUGAUUCGAGUUACCAUGCUUCCUCCAGCCUCUUUGUCCACUACCAGCUCAUCACAAAGACCUCUGGCCCCCCAAGUCACAGCCGACUCCAGUGGCCAAAACAUCAUCAAAGUGGUGGGCCCUCGUUAUGGAGUCCAGGCUUUGGGGAGUGGAUCUGGUUCUGGGCAAGGCUCUACCUCUGGGACCACAGCUCCUUCGGGAACCAAGCCCAGUAGCCUGCCUUCGGGAGCUCAGCCACCACAGGCUCCUUCUCAAGUAGGUGUUCAAUUUAUUUUAAAAAUUGCCUCAAAUAUUAGGCCAGUAACUGUACUCCAGCUUCCAGAAAGUUCUCUCCUUUUGAACACCCAGCAGCAGCCUCAGCAACAGUGGCUUUAUCAGUUGAUUCCACAACAACCUCAGCAACCCACUACUUCUAGUCAACAGCCCACAACUUCCUGUCCUCAGCAGCCAGUGCCACAGGGUUCAAGUGCAGAAGGUUCAUCUGGUCAGAGAGCAGCCUCAUCUGCUCAGCAAGACAUUGUCCUUAACCUCCCUGGAGCAGGAAGUUUUCUGCAGCCCCAGGCAGCAGUGGUGGUGCCUUUAGGCUCUGUGGAGAGCCAGAAAACAUCGGAGCAGAGCCAUCCUGGGCAAACAGUACAGCUGUCCCCUGCCUCACAGCCACAGCCCAAGCAGCAGGUACAGUUGAGAAUUUUGCAGGGCCCAGUGGCUGUGGCAACUGCAGUCGCCCAGACAGCUCAGCUACAUCCACUUAGUGAGCAGACAGCAAACCAGUCAAAAGGUAAAAUGAAGAGAAGCACAUCAACUACUCCAGAAUCCUAGAUCUUACAUCACUUUUCUUUCUGUUUCUAAAAAAGCAAGACAAAAACAUUGAAGCAAAGGGUUUCUGAAUUUUUACUUCGUCUUUAAUGUCUCAGUAUUUGAACUGCUGGGUAUACAAACCAUACAGAAGCACAACCUAGUGCUUUUGAUAUAAAAACAGGGAAAUGGUUUAAUGAAAAAACAAAUGAAUGGAUGGACUUUGAUGUUAACCACCAUCAGGUCAAUAUCCCAGCUCUGCAAUUUGUCAACUUUAAGCCUAUUUCCUAACUUCACUGAGUCUCCAUUUCUUUAUCUGUAAACUAUGAAUAGGAAUAAUCACUUGUUAAGUUUAUUGUCAAGGUUAAUGUAAGACAUUAAAUAUUGAAAUUGAAGUAUUUUAAUAUAAAUAGCAAAUAUUUGAAAGAAAUAAACAUAAGUAUUUAUGCUUAAAAUAAACUAUAAAAAUAAUGUUAGUCCAAAUAACAGUAUUGUUACAUUACAUAAAAGCCAACCUUGGAAUCAACAGCAAAUAUGCCACAGGAACUUAAUUAUUCAAAAAAAACCACACUAGACUUUUAAAUGUAUAAAUUAUACAUGUACACAUCUUUGAGAUUUUCAAAGUACAUAGAUAUAGGUACAGCUAUAGACAUAUAUAUAUAGAUAUAGAGAUUUUAAUCCUCUAUUAAAUAAACAGUAGCCUUUUUACUCUACCUAGAUGCCCCACAUUUUGAAUUCUCUCUCUGUCUGAUAAAACUGGAUGCAUUAGGCACUUGUAAUUUCGUUCUUCAGUAAUUGAGGAAUGAUUUGGAUAUAUGACUCAAUAUCAUUUGCCAGACAAUAUUAUUCAAAUGCAUUAUUCAUGUGGUGCUUAUUAUUUUGCAAACAUUUCAUAAUAUACAAAUGCACCUGCUAUCUGCCUCUUGCUCCUCUAUUCUGUCUCAAUUAUUUUGUCCCCAUCAGACAAGAUAAUAAUCACAAGAGAGAAAAGGCAAAAGUUUCUUGACUUAUAAUGGACAAGUAAAUGAAAAUUGUGAAGUUUAGAUGAACUGGUGAAACAAACUACAACAGGGAAUUAUAGAGACAAGAAUAAAUAAUUGUGAUAUGAAAAUAUCUUUAAUAUAGCUGCUAAUUUAAAAUGAUUUCUGCAGCUCAUAAACAGUAUAUUUUAUGAUAGCAGUGUACAGUAAGAAACUUAAUGGCUACAUUAAAACCCCUUCCUCCCCAAUUUAAGUGAAUUCAUAAAUGUGGAUAAUACUUUUAAAACACUUAUAUGUAGCGGCACUUGAGUGGCUCAGUUGGUUAAUCAUUCGACUCUUGCUUUCUGGUCAGGUCAUGAUCUCAGGGUCCUGAGGCAGAGCCCUGCCCUCAGCAGGGAAUCUGCUUCUCCCCUCCUCAAAUAAAUAAAUCUUUUAAAAAAUAAAAUAGAAUACUUAUUUAGGUGACAAAAAUGUCACCUUCAGGAGUUUUUGGAAUCGAAGUUUGCUUGAAAAGAAUGAGCUAUUGGAAACAUCAUAAAAUAUAUUUGUUAACAUUAUAUGGUCUCAUUCAUUUGGGGAAUAUAAAAAAUGGUGAAAGGGAAUAAAAGGGAAAGGAGAAAAAUGAGUGGGAAAUAUCAGAAAGGGAGACAGAACA